AUCUAGAGCCCUAAAUAUUUGAACUUUCCCGCCAUUUCGCGCCAAGGGUUUAGGGCAUUUCUCAUCCGGGAUGGGGGCAAAAUCCAGGCUCCAGCAGCGGGACGCGCACGCCAAGGGUCGAUCGAUCAUCGCUUGGGACAAGACAGGCAAGAAUCUCGUCACUGCUGGUGUCGAUGGCAAGGUUUUGAUCCACACCUGGGAUCCAUCGGUGCCCUCGGCCGUGAUCGCCACUAUCAAGGCACACAACGCGGCGGUCACUUGUGCAGCGCUCUCGCCGAAUGGGACGGUCUUGGCGUCUGGAUCGGUCGAUCACUCGGUCAAGCUCUUCAGCUAUCCAGAUGGGAAGUUUCAAAGCACAGUGACGAGAUUUACUCUGCCGAUUCGGUGCCUGGGAUUCAGUGCUACUGGCGGUCUUCUAGCCGCUGCUGGAGACGAUGAUGGGAUCAAGCUUAUAGCCAUGGCGGACAAUUCCAUAGCUCGGAUCUUGAGGGGUCAUGGUUCUCCAGUUACGUGGGUGGCGUUUGAUCCCAAGAACGAGUAUCUAGCCUCGGCCGACAGCGACGGGACUGUGAUCUUCUGGCUCAUCUCUUCCGGAAAGAGCUUGCACACUCUCACACAGAUUGCUCCAAGGAUCGACGUCGAGUUCUCCGAGAGUAGCAACUGCGUUGCAUGGAGCCCUGAUGGAAAUCUCCUCGCGCUUCCGGGUCGCAAGAGCGAUGUUCUUCUCUUGGACAGGGACACGGCGGAAGAGAUAUGUAGCUUCAAGGGUGGUCAUACGAGCCCGGUUAGCGCUUUGGCCUGGUCGCUCAAUGGGAAGUACCUUGCUACUGCCGGGAGUGAUCUUCAGGUGGUGCUUUGGGACGUAGAGAAGCAGCAAGACAUCGACGGGAUGCUGUUUGAGACGCCACUUUGCUCCAUCGCUUGGAAGCCAGUCGAGAAUGCCUUAGCGGCGAUCAACAUGGAGGGGAAGUUUUCAGUGUGGGAGUCGGCAGUGCCUCCACACAUGGUUUCCCCGACGAUCUGUGUUAAGUCCAGCCUUGUGUCGGCGACAAACUUCGAGCAGCUCCACAAGUUUAGUGACGAUGAGGGGUCGGAAGGCCAUGGACAGUCCAUAGACUUGGGAAGCCAAGACACUGCUGGUGGUAACGAGGAUAAUGACGAGAGCAACGGUGAAGAAGAGGAAGAGGAGGAGUUCGUUAGCUCGAAGAGACGUCGCGGUGGAAACUCUGCGUCUUUGGAUGAUGUCUACGAUAAAAAGCCGGCAAAGAGGCCACAGGUAGAGACUGCGAGAGCCUCCUUCACGCUUAAAGUUCCGGCAAUGCAAGGAGCAUUUCACCCGGGAUCCACGGACAAGGUUGAAGGGAAAAGAUGGUUUCUUGCUUACAAUCUCAUUGGUAGCAUAAGCAGCUGCGAUAAAGACGGUUCUUGUCAUGUGGAGGUCGAGUUUCAUGAUAUUACUAAAGGAGUUCGCAUUCCCGCUAUGGCGGAUUAUUUUGGCUACACAAUGGCUUCUUUGGGAGAGAAAGCUUGCGUUCUUGCGAGUCCGCAAAAUGGCGAUAAGUGUCCGAGCACUCUGACAUACAGGCCUUUCAAUAGUUGGGCGAGCAACAGCGAGUGGUCGAUGAGAUUUCCUGCAAAUGAGGAGGUUAAGGCUGUUGCUGUUGGGAAUGGCUGGGCUGCGGCAGCAACAAGCUCUCACUUCCUUCGUAUUUAUUCGGAAGGCGGUGUGCAGAGCUUUAUCCUUUCGCUGUCGGGGCCGGUAGUUUCAAUGAACGGAUACCAGCAUCAACUCGUAGUUGUCACUCACUCUUCGAAUCCAUUAUCCACGGAUGAUCAGGCAAUGGAGUUCGUGGUUCUGGAUUUGCAACGACGGAGGAAAAUCAUGGAUGGCCGUCUUCCACUUAGUCCUGGAUCAAGAUUAGCCUGGAUUGGUUUUAGUGAAGGUGGCUCUCUUGGGUUUUAUGAUUCUCAGGGUGUCCUCCGACGGCAUUUUCAUGAGUUCGGUGGUUGCUGGGUUCCUAUCUUUCGAGCCGAAAAGGAAAGGAAAAACUCAAGCGAAGUUUUUUGGAUGGUUGGAUUCGAUGAGACACAAACUUUUGCAGUAAUAUGUAAGCUGCCGGAGACACAGCCCCUGGUCUUUCCGAGGCCUAUACUGAGCUUCUUCAAACACAGCUUGCCACUUGUCAAUGCUGAUCUUGGUGGCGAUGAUCUCGAAAAUGACUACCUUCGCCAUUCUCUACUUUUAUCUGAGGCACGAGCAAAAGCAGAUCGAGCUGCUGCUGAGGGCCUCGACGCCGAUCACGAGGAUGAUAACGUUUUACAGAAGGAAAUAGAGCACGACAAAUAUGUUCUACGUCUCGUGGCAGCCGCAUGCAAAGGUGACAAGCUCGUGAGAGCAAUGGAACUGGCAGCUUCUCUACGGCUCCGAAAGUCACUGGAAGGAGCAAUCAAAGUUGUCAAUGCCAUGCGUCUACCGUCUCUCGCAGAUCGACUCAAUGUCAUGCUCGAGCAACGAAAUAUGCAAAAGAGUCUGGAAGACGACGUUUCAGAACCUGUGCGUGCACCAGAUUCUUCCAUCUGGGAGCGUACUCAAAGAGUGGAGGCUUUGGAGAAAGAGCCUGUUCAAAGAGUAGAAGCGCCCGGACCACCACCAUCAGUUCUCCCCGUAGCGCAGCAUCCAAAACCAGUGAUCCAGAAAGAAUCACCGGCGAUCCCGAGGGAGCCGCCUCAGGCUCAGGCUCAUCAACAAGACAGAGCAACUCUUUCCAAUCAACCUGCGAAGGUGUCGCACGAUCAGGCGCUAAUCUCUGCUCAACGGAAGGCAAGCAAUCCUUUUGCAAAAUCACCGGCGCCCAAUGGUGGAGCCUCCACGUCGAAGUCGUCGGUGCUGGACUCUCUCAAGCUGCUCCAGGGCGAUAAGAAAAAAAAGGAAACAGAUGGCGAGAAGGGAAAUAAAAGAUCCCGCAAAUCAUGAACACGGGCUGGAGAACGCAAUCGUGAUCCAGUGAUCCCGUGGUGUCAACUACGUCCAAGUUCUCAACUUUUCAUGGCUACCAUCUGCCGCUGUGGAUACCACUACCAAUGACUCGCACUGGAACUCCUCUGCGAUCUAAAGUUUAGAGUGCCGGGAUCUCCAGUUCUUCUCUCGCUGACCGCGCAGUCCGCCACUGGUAGGCUAAAUUGCUUGGAAACUGCGAAAACAAGAGCACCGAGCUAGCAACAUGGAACAGAUUUGCCUCAGGAAACUGGACACACUUCCAAAACCCAAAGUUGUUCUUUCAUCGUCAACUUUAUUUAAAAUCCUUGCAUGCAGGCGCCUGUUGCAUGCUGGCAACUUGUGAUGAUUUCACGAAUGAUCCAUGGUUUGUGUACGAAACCCAAAGCAACGAAUGAACUGAAUUCUACA